AUAAAAAUAAUAGCGCUGCAUCCUGUGUUUAAAACCAUUGUGGUUGUCCUGGAUUUAUGUUUUCUGUUCCUGUAGCUGAGGACGCCUCGUUUGGAUAAUUAAAUGUCAUGGUGAAAUAGGAGAAUGGGGGAAGGAGAGCACUUGUCUCCUGUCCUCUGCUGCAUGGAUGUGCCGCCUCUUCUGCUGGCAGUGGGCAGCCCCUCUCUGUCCAGGCUAGUGCCAAAAUCCGCCCCACUCAUCCCUGUCUAGCUUUAUCUGAAAGGAAAAAAAGAGAUGCUUUUUGUACCUCGUGUGUGAACAACCUGGUUGUAAAUAGGGUAAGUCUGGGUAAGGUAGUGAGUGUGGGUGAGUUAUAAUGACUGUGCUGAGCAGCUGCCUUCUCCUUGUGUGUAAAUACAGUGGUAGGAUACAAGGUGUGGGAAGUGCUGCUGUGCUAGCGACGGGGAAUUUCUCAUCAGUUGCUUAAAUAAUAAGCAACUCUUCCUAGAAAAUUUUGAUGAUGAUAAUAAUAUUACUAUAUCAGGUAGGCUGAGGAGGAGGCUGAAAACACUGAGACUUUAUAAAUUUUUCUGAUCGUAUUUCAGUGCUUUUUGGGGACAGUCAGGGAUUAAUGUGCAUGUUAGAUAAUAAUCUUCCAUUGCGCAGAAUAGUGGUUUUACCAAGCACGGGAACUUCUGCAGCACAAAUUCUGCCACGCUCUGCCCCUUAUUCAUGUGCUAUAAAGGCCACCUUUGUUAAAUACUGAUUUGUCAUUCCCCGAAUGGUGUGAGAGCUGUAACUGAUAAUCUGCAGAGGCUGGUGGGUGUCCUUGCAGCAGAGGUCGGAGAGGAGGCUGUCCUGUGAAGGAGUGGCUCUGACACGGGUGGGGGCUCUGUGUGUGCUGAGCAGACCCUGCGAGGCAGUGCCUGGUGUCAGAGCAGAGAGCUCUGCCUUUCUGCUGCCCUGUGUCCCCCCAGAUCCAUGUUACACUUAAAAUUGGCAGUGCUCAGAAAACCAGAGGUGUUCAGUGAGUGCAAGCAGAGAUGUUCCUGCUCACAGCAUCGAACUGGGGUGACAGAAAAGUGCCUGAAGAGCUUUGUGUGCCAUAAACAGAGGAGCUACCUCUGGUCAGGGUAGUUCUGUGCAGGAUCAGAUGAAUAUGUUACCUGAUAAUUUUUUUCUGCGAGGGCAGAGCAAGCUUGUGUAACUCUGGAUUUUCAAGAAACAGGUCUGCAUUUCUCCUGUCCCCUGUUUGUGGUCUCCCUGUGGCACGGCUGGAAGCUUUUCAGGGGUCCCUGAAAACUUCUUGUGGGAGCUGGAGCCUUGAAUGAGCAGAUUUACUCAUUCUCUGCUGUCAGUAUUGAUAUUUUCUACUCUCUGAGUUGCGUAUCCUGCCUUUCUCAACUUCCUGCUGCUGACCUCAAACCCAAUGGCUCAAUGAGUAGAAAAUAGCACCGUCAUUUCUGGGAAUAGGGAAAGAUAGGAAGGAGCCCAAGUCGUUCAAGCAGACGGUCAGUAUUGCCAGGCCUGGCAUCCUGCCUGUCAGGCAGCCUGGGAGCCUCCAAGGCCGCCUUCCCCAGGAUUUGGGGUGAAGUGCUUGGCCUCACACCCCUGCUGAGGGGCUGGCAAAUGCUGGGCUACCCUCACAGCUGUACCCUGAGUGCUCUUCCCACCAGAGAUCCUUUUGUGUGGAAGUGCCAUCAGCACACUGUCCUGGGAGGGAGCAGUGCUGUGCUCGAGUGCCUGCCCACAGCUGGCUGGGAUUGCAGAGGGUUUUGGGGAAUGGAUCUCCUUGGAAGCAUCUGGUCUGUUGUAUUCCUUAUGCCAGGCAGCACCACUGCUGGACAAAAGCUGCUCUUUCUGUCGCUUAUGUAUCAGAGAGAGAGAUUUCUAGGAUAGGGACUAUCCUAGAAAUAGAAUAUCUAGGAUAGGAAAUAUAGGAUAUAAUGUAUUCCUGAGGUAUUAUUUAGUCUUACCAGCUAUUGAGGGCAGCCCCCUGAUUGUGGAAGUUUUUCAGCCCCUGGCAGGGUAAAGCAAAGGCUUUCUUGGUUUGGUGACCACUGGGAGAAUCUGGGAACAGCCCAUGACAAGCAGACAUUAAAGAGGAUUCUUGGAUAUGCCCUACAGGCAAAGUAAAGCAUCGUGUUAGAGCCACAUGAAAGAUAUGGAAAAGCAGAAAAAGUGAGAAAACAUGGAGGGGGCAGAGAAAUCUCAGUCUCAUUCCGUUUUACAGCCUAUCAUGGAAAUCUCUUUCUGAGUAAUGAGAUCUCAGCUGUAGAAAAUGCCUGUAUUUCUGUCUGCACACAGCAACAAACUGUGCCUUGGGAGCUGUGCUGCUGCCAGUGUGCUUCUGCUUGAGGUGCUAGAAAAUCAUCAUGUGCUCCGGGUAGUAUCUUCCACUUAAUCCACCAGUGUUUCAGAGUUGGGGAAGUUAUCCUGAAAGACUGCUGCUGUUCCAUGGCUGGAAUGCUGCCAGGACAUCAUCUGAAUACCAUACAAAUCUAUUAUCUGUGCUUAUUAAUUUUCUUGCCAGUCAGUUUGUUUCCCAUUCUCUUCUCAGUUAGACCAACAAAGCUACUUGCUUUAACUGUUAUUUUCAGGUCUAGUUUUACCUGACAGUCAGAUGUUUUCAUUGAGUUUCUUGUUGUUUUGGUAUUUGUUGCACCUUAAAACAGUCAGUACACAAUUUAACAGCAAACUAUAGUCAUGCAUUUCUGGAAUUAUCUAAGGCAACACAUUAUACAAAGACUUGAACAAGAGCAGUGCAUGCAAAAACAUUCAAAACCUGGAAUCAAGAUGUAGAUGCUUCUCUCUGAAAUUAUUACUGUGUAAAAGAACUUUGCUUUUUGGUAUGUUUUGCCACAGGCACUGCUGUACCUAGGCAGAGUCUCACCUGGUGUGUCAGCAACAAGUACCAUGGCUGACACCACCCGAGGGGCUGUGAAGUGAUGCUUUCCAUCUUUGUAAUUGUUAGUUCCUGGUGUUAAAGUACAUUUCAUCUAAAGGUUUUCUAAAACCUUUCAUCAGGUGCCUGAAAAACUGGACAAUUUUCCCCCAUAAGGUUGUAGUUUAUGUAAUUAUUCAUGUAAUAACAGUAGCAGGGCAUUGGAUUUGUUUUGGUUUUUUUCCACUAAGGCUUUUAUUGUAGGAACAAUGUCAGCUUCAUACUUUCCUUCUGCCAUGCAGAGCAUGUAGGUAGACAGUGGGCAGCAGUAAGUCAUGGGGAGUGAUUCUGAAGAGGUGUGUGUGUGUAUAUUGGUAACAAUUGAUGAGACAUUGGAAUUUGUCUGAAGAAGGAAAAUCCUGGCAUGCAAUCCCGUGUGGGUGUGAGGGUGCAUUGGUGAGAGUUCUGUGGAGAUCUGUGACUGUGAAGCUCCACAAGGGAUGUUGCCUCUGAAGCAAAAACUGUCAACAUGACAGCCCUUUAGAGCUGAUCAAAUCCUGGUUUCUAAAACCAAAAUCACCUGGAAAUGUGCUUAUCCAUUAUUUUUGCCAAGAAGGCAGGGCAGACAGUGGGACUGGUGAGCUGGGGCAGUUUGUAGAGACACCAGCAUCAGCCUCAAACAUCACUGCACUUCCCAUUUUCACACAUGGGCAAGACUUCAGAUCUCUGGAGGGCUUGGAGGAUAGCAGGAGGAGGGAAUACCUGGCUCAGGAAGGUUAAAUGUUUGUUCAUCCAAACCACUGCUCAGUGCUCAGAGCUGCCUGAGCUGGUGGAUUCAGCCACAUGAGCAGCAGCAGUUGUUUUUGUGCAGGAGAUGCCUGGCAGCCACUCAAUCCCCUCUUCCCAAGGACUCUGAGUGUCCUGGAGUCCAGGACACCUCUUAAGGAAAUGGGCUUGAACAGAGGAGUGAGUGUUAGCUUUUCCUUUUACAGCACAAAGCUGGGCUUUUUGCUUUUGCCUAGACCUGCAUUUUGGAAAUUAAAGUAAUUUCAAACAGCUUUUGUCAGAAAAGGUGGGGGCAGCUCUUGUUCCCCCUCAGCUAUUAAUCUAGGCUGAUGGAGUUACCUGGUGAAGUGGGAGGGCAAAUCAGGGAGGAAGCUUUUCCUGGAAGCAAAUUGAGCAAGAAUGGAAUCUCUUACAAUUUAUCCUUAACGUACCUUUCAUACAAUCACUAAAUGGAGCUGACAAAUAAGCUGGUAAGAGGGAAACACGGAGCCAGUGCCAUUUAAAAGCCACUUGUACUCUUUUUCAUUUGGAUACUGUUCAUAUGAAAUGUAAUUUAAAUGCCAGGCCGGUUGCCAGGAGCUGGAUUGUUGAUGUUAAAUGUACUUUCCAUUAGAGCUCUGUAUUGGAAAACUACUUCCUAGCGCUGCAGGCAUUGGAAGGGGUGGGUUACAUCAGGGUGCCCCAGUUGUCCUUCUCAGGGUCUGGCCUCUCUCCAUGCCUUCCAUCUUCAUCCCUGCAAAGACCAGCUGAAUCAAUACCUGCCAUACCCAAAACCUGAUUCCUCCUGACUACACCAGCACGAGGUACAGUGCUUGUUCUGCUGUCCUAAAAACAAGCAACUUCUCACCUUUAAAUUCCAGAAAUCUGCUAAUUGCUUUUGGGUAGUUGUGGGGUUUUUUUUUACUGUGUUCCAGGCUCCUGAUUUUCUUUGGUUUGUUUGCUUAAUUUACUAAUCCCCCAUUUGUUUUCAUAGGGCUGUUUCUUGCACUGGUUCCUAUGCAAGAGAAGGCAUUUCACCCUGUUUCAGCACCCUGCUUAGAUUAUCCUCUCACCCCACAUGCAGAGUUCUUUAUUUAAUGGAUUUGCUUGCACCGGGGAUUGCAUUUGAAGGAUCUGACUUGCAGGCAGCUGUCCAUAGGGAUUGGUAUUUCUUUGCAGGUGGAUUAGCUGUGGACACCUACUGUGUAAAAAAGCAGAUCGUUUUAUGUGUGCUCUCCUCAGUUUUGCCAAGGUAACAAGGGGCCAACAGGUAGAAGCAGAUUCUUACUGCUCUCCAGUCACUUGGGCUGUAAUUAUGGUGGCCAUAAUUAGUCUGACCUCAAGAGAUGUUUGGGAGCACCAGCCUUGUACGUGGCCUUUUGGAGGAGGGAAAAGAGUGAAACUGGGUCAUCUUGGCAGGCUCUGAAGGGUCUUUGUUUGGACAUCCCUUGUGCUGACAGAAAAGCAUUCUUCCUUGAUGCUUUCCCUUAUUCUCGUCAUUCUUGGUUGUUUUCAUGCAUCAUGUUACCUUCUGACCAAAAAUCCUCCCUGUCCAGGCCCCCAGGCUGUGCCACAGAGCUGCACUUGUGGAGUGGCAAAUCCAGCAGCCAUCUAAAUUAGGCUUCCUGUUCCUUUUUUCCUAGUUUUGGAGGUGGCAACUUGUGGUUGGUGAGACUUUCCCAGGUUGAAACUGAGGCUGUUUUCAGAGACUUGUGGAAGGGACUGUGUUGUCACUUGGGUGAGCAGUGUGGGCAGAUUCCGCAUCCCACAUGAGCUACGAUAAUCCUCCACCGUACCCCGGCCCGGGCCCCACCGCCCCGUACCCACCCUAUGCACAGCAGCCGGGGGCCCCUCCCGGCCCCUACCCUGGCUACCCCCCCGGGCCCUACCAGCCAGGCCAGCCGGGCUACCAAGGAUACCCCCAGUACGGGUGGCAGAACGCUCCUCCACCGCCGCCAGGACCCGUGUACGCAGAUGGCCCCAAAAACACAGUGUACGUCGUGGAGGAGCGGCGGAGGGACGACACGGGCGAGAGCGCCUGCCUGACGGCGUGCUGGACCGCGCUCUGCUGCUGCUGCCUCUGGGACAUGCUGACCUGACGCCGCUGCCGCCCCGCCGCUCACCGAGCGCUAUGCAGGCUCCCCACUCCUGUCCCGACUUCUUUCUGUUACUGUAAUCAACGCUCUGCUUUGCACAGCCAAGAGUUCCCGUCUGUCCGUCCGUCCUAGCGCCUUGUCGGGGUGGGGGGUGCACUCCUUUAUUUUAGUAAAGGAAAGAGAAUCCCUUUUUAACAUUUCUAAGACUUUUGUUGUAACUUUGAAGAAUGUGCUCAUGGUGUAUUUCAGCCAAAGGCAUUCUGAUGAAAUGUAUAUUUACCAGUUGAGAUUUUCCUAGCCCUAGAGAUGAAGAUGUACGCAAUAAUUAAAGCCAACAGUUGAUUUUCUUCACUA